CUCUUGAACUUCAGGAUGGUUUAUGCUAAGAGCCGGACCCUGAAGAAGCACUUCGAAGGCAGCCCCCCUCAUGGUAAUUUGGAGUUGAAGACAGUUGAACUCCCACCCUUCAACAACGGAGAGGUCCUGCUGCAAGCUUUGCUCCUCGCUGGGGAUCCUUACCUGGGAGUGGCAGCCAAACGACUGAAGGAGGGUGAUGCGAUGAUGCGGCAGCAAGUGGUCAGAGCUGUGGAAAGUAAAAACUCAGCCUUCCCAACAGGAACUAUGGUAGUGGCUUCUUCAGGCUGGACAACUCACUCCAUUUCUGAUGGGAAAGAUCUGGAAAAACUGCCUGCAGAGUGGCCAGACAUUUUAACCACAAAACAGUAGAGUCUUUGGAAGAAACUUUGAAAAAAGCCUCUCCUGAUGGUUAUGAUUGUUAUUUUGAUGAGGUAAGGAGAGAGUUUUCAAACACUGUUAUCCUCAGAUGAAGAAAUUUGGAAGAAUUGCUAUAUGUGGGGCCAUCUCUGUAUAUAAGAGGCCCACCCCCAGAGAAUAUUCUCCAUCAGCAACUCCACACGGUAGGGUUCAUUGUCACCCACUGGCAAGGAGAAGUCUACCAGAAGGCUUUGAAAGACUUGCUGAAAUGGGUCUUAUAGGGUAAAAUCCAGUACCAUGAAUACAUCACUGAAGGGGUUGAAAACGUGCCAGCUGCAUUUAUGGGAAUGCUGAAAGGCGGUAAUUUGGGGAAAAGCAUAGUGAAAGAGUGAAAAAAAAAGUUACAUGGAAUCUAGAACUCAUUUGGAUGGUUACCACAUGUCUUUUUAACCAUUUAGUAAAAAUAUAUAUUACCUUCAUUAUCUAAGAAAUUGCAAUGAGUUUGGUCUACUUAAUAAAACACAUUUAAGUGGGGAAAUAAAAAAAGGGAACAUUAACCUCUAAAAAACAAUUGUUAAAAUAGAAGUCAUUGCUUAAAUAAAGCAACAUAUGAUUUUUA